GGAAGAAUUAUCUUUAUAUAAAUAGCAUUUUUAUAGAGUCAAUACUAUCCUCUAUAUUGUUAAAUCUAUACUGUCAAUUAUUAACGUGUUCAAUAACUUAUUUUUAUUUUUAUAAUUCAUAAUUAGAUAAUGAAUGAAGAAACUGUGUGGCAAGAAUUAUCAGAAAUAUUUGCUGAUCCUCCUGAAACAAGAGAUAAAUGCUUACAGUGCAAGAGACCAGUACCAGUAUGUUGGUGUCCAGGGUUACCAAAACAUCCUAUAUGUCCUGCAUCAAAAAUAAUAAUUUUACAACAUCCAGCUGAAGCAAAACGUUGCUUAAGGACGGCACCUAUGCUUGCUCUAGGAUUAGAACCUGGAAAGUGUAUAAUUUACAGAGGGAAAAAAUUUCCACUUUCAAAACAUGAAGGCCUAACAGAAAUAUUAAAUGAUAAAAAUAGUAUAUUAUUAUAUCCAUCUCCAGAUGCCAUAGCACUUGAUAAAUUAAAUCCUGUUGGAAUUAAUGGACAGAAACCUUAUAAUCUUAUUUUAUUAGAUGGAACUUGGCCACAAGCAAAGGCAAUAUACCAUUCAAGUCCAGCGUUGUGUGUUUUACAAGCAUGUAAAUUAGUUGGAGUUCCAACAAGUGAAUAUGUUAUUAGAACACAACCAACUGAAGGUUGUUUAUCUACACUUGAAACUGGUGCAUUUGCACUUUCCAUUUUAGAAAAUGAUCCAGAAUUGAAAGAUAAAAUGCUUGGACCAUUACAUUAUCUUUGUCGAUUUCAACUAGAAAAUGGUGCUGUAACUCAUCAAAGUAAAGAAUUUUUAAUUAAACAGAAAGCUUAUCCAAAACUUAUAGGACGGAGAUUAGCUAAGCAAUUACGUAUGCUGCCAGAGGAAUCUACAUGACAUUUUUGAUUUAAUAGUUCUUAGAAAGUUGAUAUUUUAUAAGAAAUAUGUAAUUUUUAUAGCCAUAUUUUUGAAAAAUACAAAGAUACAAAUAAGAUAAACGAAUAACAUUUUUAAUUUAAAAGUAUAUUUUUAUAAAUAUUGCAGCAUGUUAUUUCAUAUUUUUUGACAAUAUACGAAAAUCAAAUUUCAUAUUUCCAUAUUGUGGUGCAAAACUAAAUGACCAUAAAACAGUACUUUGUUCUGUAACAUGUGUUAUAUCUUUAAAUAAAUGUACGCCUUGUCUUGUAAACGGAUCCCACGAUAUCCGGGUUCCAGAUUGUAUUUCUACGGUAGGUCCCGACGAUAUUGUGAUUUCAGAAUUCAAAUGCCAAUCAAUCCACAGAGCUACACCAUUACACAUUCCAUUCCUAAAUUUAAA